GGAAUCCAUGCAUUCUCCUGCGCUAGCUCCAACCCCACAUCACAGGUCACACCUCCAUCUCUUUGUCGGAAGGUUUAGUGUUUGUUCUUUUGCUUUAGCCCUUCCUAAAAUUAAUAAUUCAUAAUAACUUGGUCAACAUGACUAUGUCAAAACAAUUAAACAAUACAAAAUCUUGCUGUUUUGUAAACAAACCUCCUCCCAUGCUUAGGCCUAUGUCCUAUAUAAUAAAUAUGCCACGUAGUUAUCCUGUUAUUAAUGACGAUGAAAAUAAUACAAUAAUAAUAAUAAUAACAACAAGAAGAUCCAAUGCUGUGUCUAUAGAGCUCAGCAAUCAUUCAACUACUCUUUGAGGCCUCCAUCAUCACCAGCACCAAUGCAAUGCAUUGCAUUGUGAAUCCCUCUCUCCUCUCCUCUCCUCUCCUCUCCUCAGUAGCCAGUCCUCAUGCAUGUAUUUGACAAAGCCGAUGAUUAAUGUCCGGAAAGAAAGAACAAAAGAAUAUAUUCAUUAUAUAUUCUCCCCAUCCAUAAAUCAAUAAAUCAUAAAUCAACAAAUCAAUAAAUCAUGAAUCAUGAUCAGAUUGGUGAUAUCAUCCUAUUGAUCACUGUGUGUGGCACUGGUGGUAAAUGUACGAUAGAUAGCAUGGAUUGCACAAUCACUAGACUUGACAACCAUCCUAUCCAAUCCAGUUACCUCAAUCAACACCUUAGCUGGCUCUCAAGGACUAUCAACUCCACACUCCACUCCACUGCUUUAAAUAAAUAUUCUUUCUUUCCAUGUCUAAUCUCUGCCGAAUUCCCACAUCUAAUAAUUUUUUGUCUGUAAAUUAAGUUUCACUUUUUUUUUUUUUUAACCCUCUAAUUUAGGAAAUCAGCUAACUAUAUAUAUAUAUAUAUAUAUAUAUAUUUUAAUCUGCUAAUGAAGCAUCAUCCCCUUGUUUAGAGAAGUUGUUUAUUACUUGAUAUUGCCUUUUAACCAAGUGCAAGACCAUUAUUGACCUCCAGUUAUAUCAAAAUAUUUAUUUUAAUCUUUAUAUUAAUUUUUUUUUAACUAUAUAAACAUAUCUAUACGGACCAGAACAAACCUUUAGCUAUUAUUCAAGAAAAAAAUCAUUUAUGAAUUUUAAAACUUUUUUUUUCAAUUGUGAAAGAAAAAAAAUUAACAAAUACUUCCAUAAUUAAUUAAUUAAAACAGCAGUGAGGCUGUGAAUCUUGGAAAAUCCAAAGGCGACUGCAGGGAUCUCAGACCAACACACAGAUGCAAGCUGUCUGCAACCACUUCCAGGCUGCCAUAUUUCCCUACGGUCCUACCCCUUACUACCCCUCACUAAACGACAAAAACAAGACGCGUCAUACCCUAUUCCUCACUUUUUCCUUUCCAUUUUAUUCUUAUAUAAAUACCCCAUCCCACCAUCGCCUUAUUUUUUCAAUAUUAUUUUUUUUUAAAAAAAAAUAUUAAUAAAAAAAAUAGCAAAUAAAAAGACUCACUUGGAUCCAACCGGCAACCCGCCGGCAAUGGGGAUCUGCCAGUCAUGCGACGUCACGGCGGCGGCGGCGGCUGUUCCGACGAUGUCCAUGACCGCCAAGGUUGUCCUCCAGGACGGCAAGCUCGAAGAGUAUACCCGCCCUGUAACCGUCUCUCACAUCCUCAACAAGUCCCCCUCCUCCUUCAUCUGCAACUCCGACGAUAUGGAGCUCGGCGAUUUCCUCUCCGCACUCUCCGCCGACGACGAGCUGCAUCCGGGUCAGCUCUACUUUCUCCUUCCUGUCUCCAUGCUCCGCCGCCGUCUCCAGCCUGAGGACAUGGCUGCCCUCGCCGUCCGCGCUAGCUCCGCUCUCAUGAACAGUUGCCGUUAUCCCGUCUGGCUACCCGCCGCCUCUUGCCCGGCCAGUGCUAGCCCUCUCGCCGCCGCGCCUCAGCGGAAGCGAGAUAGGAGACGAAGGUCCAGCGGUGGCCGGAGCUUUGCCUCUAGUCUUAGUUCCAUCCCGGAGUGGGAUCCCGAUCCACCCUCUUGACAUCAUCAUUAUCAUCAUCGAGAUGACCAUGAAAUCAUCGGAAACUCUGAAAACUCUUUCCU